CGAAGGCAAGUGCGUCUGAUUCACAGCUGAGGAGAGUACAUGCUCGCUACCUACUUCCUCAUCUCCGCCUCGGCGUUCGGCCUCGCGCCGAGCCGACUGCCGCCGCGCGCUGCGUCCACCACCACGCGCGCGACCCGUCCGCGUUGUGGUGCCGUCGGCAGCGCUUCGCAGAGCGUGCUCCCUACUGCGCCAAAGGACGUCGCAGAGGGCCUGAGCGUCGCCAUUUCUGCGGCGCUGGCGGUGGGCGAGCGGCAGCUUCACAUCACGCUCCCACCCAACAUGCGGUUUGGCAUCUUUGGCGACCCGGGAAAGGUGACCAUCGGGAGCCCCGACUCGCCGCCCACGGUGGCCGAGCUCCAGCGGGCCGAGUUCGAGCUCGCCUACCUCGUGGCGGAGACGUUCAGAGGCGAGUGCACGCUCGUGCUCGAGUCGCAGGCGGCCGUCAAGGCGGCGGAGCGCGAGUUUGCGCGCAAGGGGCUCCCGACCCGCCCGCGGCUCGUCUCCUCUCUUAGUAAGGCGUACAAGGGCGGCGGUGGGGGCUUUGGUGGCGCGGCGGGCGGCGCGGCGGGCGGAGACGCGGGCAGGGUGGUGGCGGUGCUGCGUCCCUCCGCGGCGCAGCUCAAGAAGGCGGUGUGUCCCGAGGGAGGCGCCGUGCUGCUGCUCAACCCUCAGGCGCCUCCGCCGGCCCGGUUCGCGCCGACGUACGUCCUGCUCGACAACCCGCACCCCGACUGGCAGGGAGGCCUCCUCUUCCGCGCCUUCCCCGGCGACUGGGCGCUGGCGGCGGCGGGCUUUGGAGGCGCCCUCACCGUCCACGGCCGCGCGGCGGAGAGGCCCUCGCUGCCCGACAUCGACCGCGGCUUUCAGGCGGUGCGCGACGACAACAACCCCUUCUCGAGGGCGGUGGGCGCGGCGGCCGCCCUGCGCAGAAGGGGCGAGCCCGACGAGGCCGAGUGAAGGGCGCGGUCGCGGGUGUUGUCUGCCCAGGUCUAGAUGGAGCUUAGAGACGGCUUUACAUCAAUGGUUAGAGGACCUUUUAGGUUUUGAAUAAGAAUGUCAAAAGAACGCUUGUC